UGGAGUUGACUAUAAAAGCGGUCAGCACAAAUCAGUUAGAUAUCAUUCGCAGUUCAGAACUCGUCCUAGUUGCAAAGCAAAGCUUGCUAAAAACAACCUAACAACCCAAUCUAAAAUGGCUUUCUUCAAAUCGCUUGUGUGCCUGGCUGUGCUCGGAGUUGCCGCCGCCGGUGUGGUUCCGCUCGCCACUGAAUACCAGGGAGACUACUACGCUCACCCCAAAUACUCCUACAACUAUGGUGUUCACGAUAGUUUGACCGGAGAUGUCAAGUCGCAGGUCGAGAGCCGCGACGGUGAUGUCGUGAAGGGCCAGUACUCCCUCGUCGAGCCGGACGGUUCCGUGCGCACCGUCGACUACACCGCCGAUGAUGUGAACGGAUUCAACGCCGUCGUCAGCAAGUCGGCCCCGUCUGUCCACGCCAAGACCGUUGUGGCCCAUGCCGCCCCGGCCGUCGUUGCCCACGCCGCCCCGGCCGUCUACGCCUCGCACGCCGCCCCGGCCGUCUAUGCUUCCCAUGCUGCCCCGGCCGUCUACGCUAGCCACGCUGCCCCGGCCGUCUACGCCGCCCCGGCUGUCGUCGCCAAGACCGUCGUCUCGCACGCUGCCCCAGCUGUGUACGCCAGCCACGCUGCCCCGGCUGUGUACGCUAGCCACGCCGCCCCGGCCGUCUACGCCUCGCACGCCUAUGCUCCGGCUCACGGAACCGUCGAGUACCACGGCAAGGCCGCCGCCCCUCUGGCUUACUACCACUAAGCGCUACCCUCGCUUCGCUCGAUGAAAAUCGACCGCGUCUAAACUAAAGCUGCCCACUCCCAGGGAGGACUCUACGUGGCCCGGGUGCUCCCCAUACCUGCCUGUGCCUGACUUCACUGCCAACAGUGUGGAUAUUUAUUUCAUCCUCCCUAUCGUAGCUGUAUCCAUCCUUCCGCUCUGGAACGUCCUUGCUCGGGCCGCCCUGCCCGGGAGCGUAGCUUUAGCGAUCCAUCAUCACCUACUAUCCUUCAAAACGGCCACCGCUUACGGAAGAAUACCAGCCCGGAACAUCACUCCACCAGAUCGUGUGCCUGUAUAUAGUUCAUGAUCAUCGAGCUCUCGCUUUCUGUGCUCGUCUGCGGUGUGUUGAUGCCGCGUGGUGAUACUGGGCGACGACGAUUUUAAGUUUUGCAUGAACUGUGUAGAUUGUUUUUAGCAUCGGUGUGCUGGCGGUGAAAUGUAGCGAUUUGGUUUUCGAACUAGUUCCCCAUUUCACCUCCGAUACCGCUUUGAUAGAUUUCUUUCAUCGAAACGGGGUAUUUUCCAUUCGAUGGUAAGCUUUGCUUUGCAUCUUCGCUCUAUUCACCUCACCUCAACCAUAGCAUGGCGAUACAGUGAGCUUGACGAUCGUAAUACUCAAUAUGUACUGUUCGUAUCAUACCGAGCCGGUGGAAUGGGGUUUUAGGCUUUUCUUCACCAUGGCGUUCUUUGUUAGUGGGCGGCACGCGCUGCACCUGGCGGAGAAUGUCUAUUUGUACAGAAAUGGAAUGAAUACCGACGAUGAUAUUAAUUUAAAAUGAAGAAUAAAACUCAAAUGUACGAUGAA